AGUGUGAGAUGAUGAUAUGACAGAGCCGUACACACCAUCAACAUGGCCGCUGGAGCAUAUUCGGUAGUUUGUGAGGUUCUUUCGGCCACGCUUGUAAUUUCGCUAUACCUCGUUGAGGUUCAGGCGCAUGGAAGCAUGGUCAGCCCCACUCAAAGAUCUGCUAUGUGGGCGUACGGUUUUAACACCCCUAAAAACUUCAACUACAACGGUCUGAACUGUGGCGGAUUUACGACCCAAUGGUUUUAUAAUAGCGGGAAAUGUGGGUUGUGUGGAGACAGUUACAGUGGUGAACGCGUAAACGAAGAUGGCGGCCUCUUUGCUACAGGUAUCAUCUCAAAAUCAUAUCUCGAAGGAACUACCAUCGAGAUCAAAGUAGAUCUGUCGGCAAACCAUGGCGGGUGGUUUGAAUUUAGGUUAUGCGCACGCAACAGUAAAUACGAUCAUCUCACGCAGGAAUGUCUCGAUCGUCAUCUUCUUCAUUCACCGGAAGGUAAAACAAGAUAUUACCCAGGAUUUUCAAUGAGUAGUCACUUGGUUUCGCUUCAACUUCCGGUUGGAGUGUCAUGUGAUCAGUGUGUGAUACAAUGGAAAUACAAUGCAGGAAACAGUUGGGGAUGUGAUCAGUCUUUCCGAUGUUGCAUGGGAUGUGGCGAACAAGAACAGUUUUAUAACUGCGCAGACGUAGAAAUAACACCUACUCCCAUAACAACGACUAUUGUGCACGGUUCGAAUGAACUGGCAAUAUCACAUCAUCAUUCUGGCGAGACGACAACAGCAGAAAAAGAACACGAGAAAACCACACAGCCGGUAGUGAAAUCUGAAGAUACGACGACUCUAGGAUGGAUCAUACCAAAAUAUACAACAUUGAAGAAGAAAGUUUAUACCGACCAAAAUGUUAAUCUUCUUACCAAAAUGGGAAUGACCGAAAUCACUGAUAUGGCAAAUAAUGCUAUACAAAUCGGACCAGCGGAACAAUUUCAUGACCUAAAUACUUUCCAUACAAGAAAAACGACAGUUAAACCUACGUACAAACACCAGAAACUCCGGUGUGUGGGAAGAGGCGUGUGGAAAGUCGUAGAGGGAAUGGACAAGUGGUGUGAACAAAACUGUUCCCCAGGGACCUCUUCUCCAUCCAGUGGCUGUAGAUCGCACUGCAUGUGCAAAUGAGAAAGUGUUCUAGAGCAUAUCGUAGUUUGAUAGACAUUUUGGUAACACUGACCGGUGGACUGUAACUAUUUAUAGAAAGUAGAUCUUUCUAGGUACUGGUUAAAAAUUCAAAUGACUUGAUGAAGAUUACUGUUCAUAUUUAAAAUAGAUUAAAUGCCACAAAUAUCAUA